CCACCCUCUCCACCUCUUCACCAUCCAAACACACAACAACCUCUGCAUCAUUUUCUCACUCUUUUCAACCUCUCUUCAAUCCUCACUGUACACUUUUCACUACUCUUAAAUCCAGAACACCAACAUGGCCCCUGAGCUUGUCCCCACCCUGGCGAAAUCCGGUGCCGCCUUCACCAAACCCGCGACUCUGGCGAGGCGCGCCUACGUCACAUUCCUCGCCGGAAACGGUGACUACGUGAAAGGGGUCGUUGGCCUCGCCAAAGGGCUGCGAAAGGUGAAAACGGCGUACCCCUUGGUGGUGGCCGUGCUCCCCGAUGUGCCGCAGGAGCACCGUAACAUCCUGGAGUCUCAGGGCUGCAUCGUCCGUGAGAUCGAACCCGUUUACCCACCCGAAAAUCAGACCCAGUUCGCUAUGGCCUAUUACGUCAUCAACUAUUCCAAACUCCGUAUAUGGGAGUUUGUGGAAUAUAGCAAGAUGAUAUACUUGGACGGAGAUAUUCAGGUAUACGAGAACAUAGACCACUUAUUUGAUCUUCCUGAUGGGAACUUUUACGCUGUGAUGGACUGCUUCUGCGAGAAGACAUGGAGUCACACCCCGCAGUACAAGGUGGGGUACUGCCAGCAGUGUCCGGAGAAGGUCCAGUGGCCCACUAAAUUGGGCCCACCACCUUCUCUUUACUUCAACGCGGGCAUGUUCGUGUUCGAGCCCAGCUUGGACACCUACCACGACCUCUUGAAGACGGUGCAAGUCACCACUCCCACAUCGUUCGCGGAGCAGGACUUCUUGAACAUGUACUUCAAGGACAUUUACAAGCCCAUUCCCUUGGCUUAUAACCUUGUCCUCGCUAUGCUGUGGCGCCACCCCGAGAAUGUUAAACUUGACCAAGUCAAGGUCGUUCACUACUGCGCAGCGGGGUCGAAGCCGUGGAGAUAUACGGGGAAGGAAGAGAAUAUGCAGAGGGAGGACAUAAAGAUGCUGGUGAAGAAAUGGUGGGAUAUCUAUAACGACUCUUCCCUUGAUUACAAGGGGUUGAGUGGAAGUGAAGACAUGGAGCCAUUCGUGCAGGCUCUAUCAGAGGUUGGUCAUGUUCAAUAUGUGACAGCACCCUCAGCUGCUUAAGAUGAGUUUGUGGACAUUCAUUGUUGUGAUGAAAAAUAAAAAGUUAGAGAAGGAGGAGAAGUAGGUGGGAAGUGCAAGGAAGACUUUGCGGUGAAAACAAGGGAGGUUUCUUUCUUUGUUUUUGUUGUAGAUAGAGGGAACGGUCGUGGAUUGCUUUGGAAAGGAGCUCUCCACCUUUUAUAUUUGUUUCUCUUUUUGAGAAUUUCUUAGCGUCUGGUAAUUAAUUAAGGUUGGAGGGUCUCUUCAUAAGAGUCUGGAUCUGGUCUUUGGCUUCACGUAUGUGUUAAUAUAUGUAUUUCUGUGUUCCUUGUUUUUUCUUUUCUUUUUGUUGGGACUUUGCCAUUGUAAUAAUUCUAAGGCAAUGCUUAAUGAUUAAGGGAAUUGUUGAACGAAACUAUAUGUCUACUUUGAUGGUAAAA